ACCCCACCCAUCCACGACGACCCAUUCCCCCAUCUCCGCGGGAAACAAACCGGAGCUCGCCUUGGCCUCGCCGCCGGCCUCCUCCUCCUCCUCCAUCGCCGCACGCUCUCCCUCCGAACCCUAACCCUAGCUCGCUCGCUCCGGGGUCCCGGGCCAUGCUCUCCACGGCGGCGCCAUCCUCAACCUCCCUCGUCGCCUCGUUCCCGUCACGCGCGCGCCGGCGGGGGCUCCCGGGCCGACGCGGCGUGGUCGUCGCGGCCGCGGGGGCGGGGCCGGGGGCGGGGGCGGCGGAGAGGUUCGCGGCAAGCAGCAGCUCCAUCACCGACUACCUGCGGUACCGCCGCCCGGGGUCCGCCGGGGGAGGUGGGGGAACCGGGGUGUGCGGCGGGGAGCUGCAGACGGCGGUGGUGCGGUACGAGAAGCGGCUCCCGUGGUCGCUCAUCCACCCCUUCCUCCAUGUUGAUUUGGUUUCUACUGUCCACAUUGCUGACAAAGAAUACUUCGAUAGACUCCAGCAAGCACUUCAAGAUUAUGAUUGUGUUCUUUAUGAAAUGGUUACAAGUCGGGAGAACUUAAACAAUCGCAAGGACCCAACCUUUGCGAAGAAGCUGAAAUCUUCACGUAGGGGAUUCAGUAUUCUUGGCUUCAUACAGAAGCAAAUGGCAAACAUCCUUUCAUUGGAUUACCAGCUAGAUUGCCUUGACUAUGGCAGUGAAAAAUGGCAACAUGCUGACCUUGAUUUUGAGACAUUCAAGCAGCUUCAGAGUGAAAGAGGUGAAAGUCUUUUCACGUUUGCGGUAGACAUGACACUGAAAUCAACUAAAGCCUUGGUACAACCAACAUUGCCUGAUGGUCUUGACUUCUGGAGGUCUAAGCUGCUUUGGGCCUCACGUGUUCUACCAAUGCCUCUUGUUGGACUGUUCCUUAUCAGUGGGCUUUGCUUACCAAUCGACGAUCAAGGUGGAUAUCCUGAGCUUGAAGCAUUGUCCAGGCUAGAUUUUGGAGCUGCACUGAAGAUUUUUCUGGCUAAGCAAUUGACCUCCGAUUUCACAUCUAUGACCUCACCCAUUGAGGAAAAGUCAGUUAUCAUUGGGGAAAGGAAUAGAGUUGCUACUGAGAAGAUACAGGAAGCAAUAAACCAUGGGUACAAGAGAAUAGCUGUCCUUUAUGGAGGUGGGCAUAUGCCGGACCUGGGAAGACGUCUUCGUGAAGAGCUCAAUAUGGUCCCAGCUGACGUCCAGUGGGUGACAGCAUGGUCAAUUAGAAGCCGGGAGCUAGACAGGGAAUCUCUUCCAUUCCUGAAGACCAUGGCUGAAGUCUCAGGGUGGCCUUUGAAUAGAUACGAGACACUUGCUCUGCUUAUCUUUUCUUCAGUUCUCGCAGUGGAUCUUUGGUUCUGGGAGCUUCUUGUGGGUACUGCCGUGAACUGGGCAUCUUUGGCUGGCUCAUGGAUUGAACAAUUUAAUGGUCCAUUUUGACAUCUAAUGGGCAGAAGCAAAAGAAAAAGGAAACAAACAAAGAAAGAAAAGAAAUAAAACAAAACAAAACACUUAACAACAGAAUUGGCAGUGGAAAAUAGAUCAUGUCCUUGUUGUUUAAAUUCCAGUUAUUUCUGGAAUACUGCAACACGUUUGUAUAUAACCAUUUGUUGGAUCAAACUGGAAUGAGUUUAAAUGAAAAUUGUCAAGCUACAUGAUGCAAUAUUUGUGCUGGAUUUUGCAUCUGGAAUUUUGGUCAGCAGAUAUAGUUGGUAUGAACUUAUGGUAUUUAUUUA